CCCGAGCGUAGGACGGGGGCCGGGCUGCGGGCCGGGUGCCUGCUCGUUGCCGCCUGAGGUCUUACACGUGUGUCUUUCUGUUGAGGUGAAUCUGAUUCAUGAGCCCCUGGUGAUAUUUGUUUGUGCAACUACAGGCCAAGGAGACCCCCCCGACAACAUGAAGAGCUUCUGGAGGUUUAUAUUCAGGAAGAACCUGCCGUCCACCUCACUCUGCCAGAUGGACUUUGCCGUCCUGGGCCUCGGGGACUCCUCUUACGCCAAGUUCAAUUUUGUGGCCAAGAAGCUACACCGCAGGCUGCUGCAGCUUGGGGGCACCGCCCUCCUGCCUGUGUGCCUGGGUGACGACCAGCAUGAGCUGGGGCCCGAUGCCGCCAUCGACCCCUGGCUGCGAGACCUGUGGGAGAAGGUUCUGGGACUGUACCCCGUGCCCCUCGACCUCGGUGUGAUCCCCCCUGGAGUCCCUUUGCCUUCCAAGUUUGCCCUGCGGUUCCUUCAGGAGGCCCCCAGGAAGUGCUCUGUGGAACAGCACGUGGCCAGGACAGAGCCUCCGAGUUCCCCUUCGGAGCUGCAGCCCUUCCUGGCACGUAUGGUCACCAACCAGAGGGUCACCGGCCCCUCGCACUUCCAGGACGUCCGUCUUAUUGAGUUCGACAUCACAGACUCUGGCAUCAGCUUUGCGGCCGGUGAUGUGGUGUUGAUCCAGCCUGAGAACGCGGCCAGACACGUCCAGCAUUUCUGCCAGGUGCUGGGCCUGGACCCCGACCAGUCCUUCACACUGCACCCUCGAGAACCAAAUGUCCCCUGCCCCGAGCGGCUGCCCCAGCCCUGCUCUGUGCGGCACCUCGUGUCCCAGUACCUGGACAUCGCCAGCGUUCCCCGACGCUCCUUCUUCGAGCUCCUGGCCUGCCUGUCCCCCCACGAGCUGGAGCGGGAGAAGCUGCUGGAGUUCAGCUCUGCGGAAGGCCAGGAGGCACUACACGAGUACUGCAGCCGGCCCCGCAGGACCACCCUGGAGGUGCUGUGUGACUUCCCACACACUGCGGCAGCCAUCCCCCCGGACUACCUGUUGGACCUCAUCCCCCCAAUCCGGCCGCGUGCUUUCUCCAUCGCCUCCUCUCUGCUGGCUCACCCUGCAAAGCUGCAGAUUCUCGUGGCUGUGGUGCAAUAUCAGACCCGCCUCAAGGAGCCCCGCCAGGGCCUCUGCUCUUCCUGGCUGGCGUCUCUGGACCCUGGGCAAGGCCCUGUCCAAGUGCCCCUGUGGGUGAGGCCUGGGGGCCUGACCUUCCCACAGACACCAGACACGCCUGUGAUAAUGGUGGGGCCCGGCACUGGUGUGGCCCCCUUCCGAGCAGCCGUCCAGGAGCGAGUGUCCCAGGGUCAGAGGGGCCCCUGUGCCUCCCCAGGGAACUUUUUGUUCUUUGGCUGCCGCCGGCGGGACCAGGACUUCUACUGGGAGGCUGAGUGGACGGAGCUGGAGAAGAGGGGCUGCCUGACCCUGGUCACAGCCUUCUCCCGGGAGCAGGAGAAAAAGGUAUAUGUGCAGCACCGGCUCCGGGAGCUCGGGCCACUGGUGUGGGAGCUGCUGGACCACCGAGGCGCCUGCUUCUACCUGGCAGGCAAUGCCAAGUACAUGCCAGCAGACGUGUCGGAAGCCCUGACGUCCAUCUUCCAGGAGGAGGGCGGGCUCUCUGGCCCUGAGGCUGCUGCCUACCUGGCCCAGCUGCAGCGCGCCCUGCGCUUCCAAAUGGAGACAUGGGCCUGAGGAGCUGCCUGCCACCGCCACCACUCGGACCGCUGCCCUGUCUGACCCCAGGCGGGAAAAUGGCCGGCUCCUACGUAGAGCCACACGCCAUCCCCCCAGGGUCCACACUCAGCCCUGGUCCCUGGCUCCAGCUGGCCUUUCCCCACUGGCCCCAACUUAGGUCCUGCCCACAGUGGACCAAGAAGGCACCAUAGCCUGAGGGACAUCAGGGAGCCUCCCCAAUCACCAACUUCCAGACAGCAUAGGAAUCGGGGUUCAGGGUCCCUGGGAAGGUCAGGGUCCCCCUCCUCUGUCCUGGUGACAGUGGGCUCCCAGUCAUUCUCUGCCAUGUGCCACACCAGCCACCAAGGGCCCCCAGGGCUCCAUGGGACUCAGGGUCAAAGGCAGCGAGGCCCCGGCCAGCACAUGCCACCCUCACCUGGUUCCAGAAGCCUCAGCAAUAAAUCACGGGCUUAGGUGGCUGCUUCCCGACAUCUUCCUCGUGCUGUUCUGGUGCCUCAGGUGGGGUGGGGCCACAGCGCCUGGGGAUGGGCACAGCCUGCCCAUGGUGGGGACGUGGGCCCUUGCUCAGCCACCUUGGCUGUAACAUUUUGGUGUCUCUCACGUGGGGGGUGCCAGCUGUUUGCCCACUUUGUAUAGGCAUCCCCCUGGCUCUGACAGGGCAGGGGGCAACCUAGAGGACCCAGAAAGGAAGGGUGUAGAGAGUGCCCAGCCAGGCUGGUGGGACCAUUCCUCCAGCCCUGGGAGCAGCAGCCUAAGGCCCAGGGGGAAGGGGGCG